UUCAACCUCAUUAUUUUCUUAUAUCUCAUUUGCCAUUCUGAGGAAUAUUUUAACUCAAAACAAUUUUUGAUAAAGUUUAUAUGCCACUAUGAUUUAUGUGUGUAACUAUAGGGAAUUUGUAUGCUAAAAAAGGAUCACUAUGGGUGCUUGUGGAUCAUCUCAUGUCAAGCCCAACAGGAUAGGGAAAAGGAUAAUAAGAAAGCCAAAACCAUGGAAGCAUCCACAACCAAUAACAAGAAGUCAAUUGAUGCAACUGAGGGAAGAGUUUUGGGACACUGCUCCACACUAUGGUGGCAAGAAAGAAAUCUGGGAUGCGCUUCGAGGCGCUGCAGAAGCAGAUCUAGAACUAGCUCAAGCAAUUGUGGACAGUGCUGGAAUUAUUGCCCAAAACACUAACAUGACCAUCUGCUACGAUGAAUCAGGUACCAAAUAUGAACUACCAAAGUACGUUUUGAGUGAGCCAACAAAUAUGAUAAGAUUUGGUUGACAACAUUACAAGAAUAAAAUAGAAAGUCACUUUGGUGGAUAUGUUGUUUCUAACACAUAACACCCUUUUUUUCAAAUUUUUAAAAAGUGGCGAAGCUAUAAUUUAAAAAUUUUCAUUUAUCGUCCCAAUAUUUGCUAGGAAUAUUCACAAGGCAAAGUCUAUGUAUACACCAGUCUUUCCAAAUCUUACAUGUUGAAUUACACUUUAUCUCGAAAUAGUUAUUGUUGAUUUGUUAGAUAUAUUAGGAGUUGAGACUGGAAUAAUUGUGAGAAA